AUGAAUGAAGAAACUCAAAUAAAACAUAUUCUAAUUUUUCGUAUUCCACCAAAUAUUUUGGUUGAAAAAGAAGAAAAAUUGAUUGUAAAUUCUGCAUAUUUCGACAAUGAUUUCACGUAUUCACCUAAAUCUAUAUUUGAUUCUACCGUAUUUCCCGAUAUAAGUAUUCUUACUACAAUUUUUGUUAUAUACUAUAUUGAUGGGCUUGACACUAUGUAUGGUGAAAGGAUCUGUAAAGUGGCAAUGGAAAGCAAUACCUUAACAGAUAGUUAUGAAGGAAAAAUUAGCGGCUAUGCUUAUCAUAUUGAACCAAAGUGGCACACCAGGAGAGAGUUUGUUGGUGUAGAAGAAGUUGAAGUUGUAAUAAGGGAGAUUGAUUUUCUGGCCGAAGUUUUAAACGUAAAAGAAACAUCAAUCGGAAUACUUGUCUCAAAUGUUCCUUUCUCUAAACCUGCUAUUAAUAAAAUAAUAAGUAUAGAAGAAGGAUUAUUUUUAAUUUGUCAAGAUAAUUAUUUAGAUGAACUGUUAAAAGUGUUGGAGAAAUGGUUUCUUGAUCGGGAGAUAAAUACUUAA